AUAACUAUAUGCAAAAUGUUAUCUUCAUUUGAGAGAAACAUUCUUAAGCCUUUUACUAUAAUAAGUCGAGGUGUUCACAGCCAAUAUCUUAUUACAAAAGAAAAUAAUGGUGCUCGGGAAAUAACGUUAAAUCAUGAAAAAACAAAAAAUUCACUAUCACUAGCUAUGAUGGAAAAUCUAAUAACAGCUAUAAAUGAAAAUAAAAAUGAUACAUCUCUGAGAGCUAUAAUAUUAUCAGCAAAUGGUAAUGUUUUUUCAGCUGGCCAUAAUUUGAAAGAAUUACAAACGUCAGCUGGAACUGAUCAACACAAACUGAUAUUUAAUAAGGCUACAGAAUUAAUGAGAUCUAUAAUUCUAAGUCCAGUACCAGUAAUAGCUAAGGUAAACGGGUUUGCAACUGCAGCAGGUUGUCAAUUAGUAGCCACCUGUGACAUGAUAAUUUGUUCUGACAAAAGCAAAUUUUCAACACCCGGAGCUAAUUUUGGGAUAUUUUGUUCAACACCAGGCAUAGCAAUAGGUAGAAGUGUUCCAAAAUCUAAAGCAAUGUACAUGUUGUUAACUGGUGAACCAAUAACUGCACAAGAAGCAUAUGAAAGUGGUCUUGUAACCAAAGUAGUUCCAGCAGAUAAAUUAGACGAAGAAGUCAAUAGAAUUGUUGAACAAAUUAAACAUAAGAGUCGCUGUGUUAUUGCACUCGGAAAGGAAUUUUUCUACAAACAAAUCAAUCUAAAUACUCUUGAUGCUUAUAGAUUAGGUGAAGACAUUAUGGUGCAAAAUAUCAAUUCAAAUGACGGUCAAGAAGGAAUACAAAGUUUUGUUGAAAAGCGUAAAGCAAUUUGGAAUCAUAAAUAAUUUUACUAAUAUCUAAAAUAUAUGUUUGUCAUAUAAAUACUGAGCAACAUGGGUGGCUAACAUCUUGUCCAUUAUCAAAUGAUAUGUUGAAGUGGGUAAUAAAUAACAAAAUAUUAUUAUUUACACCUAUAUUUAUUUUCCACUAACUUAGUGUAUAUCCAAAGCAAGUAUAAGAAUGUAAGCAUGAUACUGUCACAUACACAUGAAAACAUUUUUUGGCCGAAAUAUUUUCCUUUAUAUACAUCAUGUAUAAUUAAAAUAAAAAAAAAAAAAUCAUUGAAUGCUAAUUUUUUUUAAAUGUCCAAUACAUAACCAAAUCUUAUACUUUUAAUUUGGUAUUUAGAUUUUUCUGUAUACAAAAGAUAAAAUAAAACUGAAUUAAUAAUUAUUGUC